ACAAAAUUUGACUGAAAGUGACUUCUGCUUCUAAAAUCGUGAAUCGCACUCCUCACCGGUAGAUGGGGGUGUUGCACAAAUCUGCUGUUUUGUUUGGAAACCGGAGGAACCUAAACGAAGAAAAAUUAGAAGAAGGGACCGGUUCGUGUGGUCUUUUUUUGGGGGGGAUUGCGGGUUUUUGCGCUUUUGUUUAUAACCAGUUCCUAUGCCCUUUAGAAUAAUCGAUGGCACAGUCGUUUAUGCAGAUUCCGUCAGAGGUCUGGAACCAUGUUUUUACCUUUCUGCCCGUGUCGGACAAGUUUUGCGUCAGGGCAACGUACACUAUGAGACUGCUUCCUCACCUGCGCAGUCUCUCAGUUUACCACCAGCUGUCCCACACUGAGAUGGACGACCCGCAACAUCUUGGUUUUUACCUGAAGUCCUGGCUGAGUGACCUCCCCCAGCUAUCCAGCCUGUUGGUAAUCAAGGGCCCUGCAGCCAACACGUACGCCUCUUCCAUCCCGGCCACAGUGACCAGCCUCACUCUUCGUGUGGCAGGACUAUCUGCAGGAGACAUGGCGGCAGUAGCAGCACAGGUGCCAAACCUUCUCCACCUCCACAUUGACCCCUGGCCUUCACAUUUGGGAGCUCACACCUCUAAGAUCCCACAGCUUUUCCCGAAGCUGAAAAGUCUUAAAAUUCGCCAUGAACAUGUGCCAGAGAAAGACUUUUUGCAACUUCACCAGCUGCAGGACCUAGAACACUUGGAGGUUCUGGACGACCGUCCAAAUCUUUGGGAUCUUGUUGGGAAGCUUCGAAUGAUCACAAAGAACAGACUAAACAUUUCUACCUCUCCUCUCCCUAGAGAUGUGCUUUGCUGUGCUUGCACUCAAUAAAAGCAGCGAAACACUGCUACAGUUGGUCCUUUGUGGCUGUUCCACCAAUUAAAAUGCUGUUUGUUUCAUAUUCAAGUGAAACUAUCACAUUUUAUUAAUAAAGACAUAAUGUUACCCAAAAGAAAGAAUAAACAUAUCAAUAGAUAUGAAUAAAGUGAGCACUGGUUUGGUUUAAAGCCCCACUCUU